GGUAUUAGUCUCAUCGCUCACAAAGGGGCUCUCGUCUCUUAUCUCUUUCUCAUGGCCUCACCACAAGCAACCAAACUGUCUCUUAUAAUCGGAUCUCAAAGGUUGGCUUGUUGGGAGCACUGAGACAUCAAACAUGGUUUUUUCUCUCUUUCACUCUUAAAAACCAAUUAACCCUAGAGAAACCCCUUUUACAGUAUUAAUCCCAAAAGUUCCUCUCACAUCUCUCUCUCUAUCUAUCUAUCUCUCUCCAUUAAAACCAUUCACAAGAAGCAAAAAGCUUUGAGCUUUUAAUGAGUUUAAGGUCCUCUUCGGUUCCUCCUGCAAAAACUGGGUCUUUCCUCGUGUACUUGCUCUUAUCUGCAUAAAAUUAAACAAACUCUACUCCAGUGUAAGCUUAUCAUCUGCUAUAUCACCAGAUAAAGUCCAAAAAUUUAACCUUUUUGUCGAUCUAUUUGAUUGAAAUUGCAAUUUUAAGUGCAAGCAAAAAAAAAAAUGGAUAUGAGAAGCCAUGAAAUGAUGGAGAGAAGAAGAGAUGACAAUGGCAACAAUGGUGCUGGUACCAUCAACAUCAUUACUACAAAUGAUGAUAAUUGCAACGGUAAUAACAACAACAACAACAACAAGGCUCUUGUCUCUUGCAACUCUCAAAACCUAGAUCACCACCACCACCAAUCCAAGUCUCCCUCUCCAUUUUCCAUGUCUAAAUCCACCGUACGGUACCGGGAGUGUCUCAAGAACCACGCGGCCAACGUCGGAGGAAGCGUACACGACGGAUGCGGCGAGUUUAUGCCGAGUGGUGAAGAAGGAACAAUCGAAGCUCUCAGAUGCGCUGCUUGUGACUGCCACCGUAAUUUCCACCGGAAAGAAAUCGACGGUGUUGGAAGCUCUGAUGUAAUCUCUCACCACCACCACCGUCACCACCACCAGUACGGCGGAGGAGGAGGGAGAAGACCGCCGCCGCCGAACAUGAUGCUUAAUCCACUCAUGCUUCCUCCGCCGCCGAAUUACGCUCCGAUGCACCACCACAAGUACGGGAUGAGUCCUCCUGGCGGUGGAGGAGGAAUGGUGACGCCGAUGAGCGUCGCAUACGGCGGAGGAAGCGGAGGAGGAGGAGCGGAGUCGUCGAGUGAAGAUCUGAAUCUGUACGGACAGUCGAGUGGCGAGCAUGGAGGAGGAGGAGGAGCGGCGGGGCAAAUGGCGUAUUCGAUGUCGUCGUCGAAGAAAAGGUUCAGGACGAAAUUCACGACGGAGCAGAAGGAGAGGAUGAUGGAGUUCGCGGAGAAGCUAGGAUGGAGGAUGAACAAGCAAGACGAAGAAGAGCUCAAGAGAUUCUGUGGUGAGAUCGGAGUCAAAAGACAAGUCUUUAAAGUCUGGAUGCAUAACAACAAGAACAAUGCCAAGAAAUCACCAGCAGCAACUACAACAACAACAACAGGAGGAACUCUCUAAUAAUGAUCAGCUACUUUUAAUUGAGAGAUUAUGUUCUAGAUUUUCUUUUUAAUCUAUUUUGUUGUUGUUUUUUUUUUUUCUUUAAUGUUUUUUUUCUAGGUUUUUGUAGCUUGUACGAUCUUUGGAUCAAUCAAUGGAUGUUUUGUUUGCGUA